UUUUUUUUCCCUACUUUUCCUCUGCAACAGAGAAGCUGAGUGUGUGCCAGCAUGGCAGAAAAAGUGAACAACUUCCCUCCCCUGCCGAAGUUCAUCCCCUUGAAGCCAUGUUUCUACCAGGACUUUGAUGCGGAGAUCCCGCCGCAGCACCGUACUAUGGCCAAGCGGCUUUACUACCUCUGGAUGCUGAACAGCAUCACCUUGGCGGUGAAUCUCGUUGGCUGCCUCGCAUGGCUGAUUGGAGGCGGUGGAGCUGUUAAUUUUGGACUGGCAAUUCUCUGGCUCAUUCUCUUUACACCCUGCUCCUAUGUCUGCUGGUUUAGACCUAUUUACAAAGCUUUCAAGACAGACAGUUCCUUCAGCUUCAUGGCCUUCUUCUUCACCUUCAUGGCCCAGCUGGUGAUCAGCAUUAUCCAGGCGGUGGGAAUCCCUGGCUGGGGUGUCUGCGGCUGGAUUGCAGCAAUUUCCUUCUUCGGGACCAACGUGGGGUCGGCUGUGGUGAUGCUGAUCCCCACCGUCCUGUUCACGGGGAUGGCAGUCUUCUCCUUCAUUGCUCUCACUAUGGUGCAUAAGUUUUACCGGGGGAGCGGUGGGAGCUUCAGCAAAGCCCAGGAGGAGUGGACCACGGGGGCGUGGAAGAACCCCCACGUCCAGCAGGCAGCACAGAACGCGGCGAUGGGGGCGGCGCAGGGGGCCAUGAUGCAGCACGAGACGCAGUACUCUGCCACCCCGAACUACACCUACUCCAAUGAGAUGUGAGCAGCAGGACUCUGUCCUCGGGCAAAAGAUCUGGGGGGGGAAGGGAGGAGGAGGAAGAGGAAAGCUGAGCCGAGUUUCUGCAGCUAUUUCAGAAAGUCGAAGUGUACCAUAACGGUGGUUCUUUUCCCGUUCUUUGUAACGAGAUCGUUUUGGAUUUUUUUCUUCUUUUUUUCCCCCCCCUGUUAUUGUCUUGAGCUCUUCUUUUCUCCUUUAUUUUUCAUUCUGAAGAGGCCGUUGAGUUGACCUGCAGGGCUCUUGUUGUGCGUGGUAGUAAGUGUACAUUCAUGUGUCUUCUUUUUUGCUGUGAAAUAGUGUAUGGUGGUGGUUUUUUAAUUACUGUGGUGAUAGGUGUACGUUAGAACCACAUCAGCCAAAAGCCCCCCUCCACCCCCAAAAGGGAAAGAUAAAAAUACCAACCAGCACCCAUCUCCCCUCUUAGAAUAAGCCCUGAACCACAGGUUUCCGAUGUGUGCGAGUUUUCUCUUUCAGUUGGUAGUGUCCAGCCACUUGCCACUGUCUCAGCAAGGGCAAGCAAUCCUGGGAAUUCUCCCUUUUCUUUUGCUUUUUAACUAGCAGGUGGCUGGCUCAUUUAGUGUUUAAAAAAAAAAAAAGA